AUGAGCGACUACACCGGCCCAGGCGUCUACAUCUUGGUUUCCGUAGCUACCGGCACCAUUAUCAACUUGUCCGGAGCCAAUCCUGCAAACAAGACACCCGUCAUCGGCUUUACUAACGACUCAGCACCAAACGCGCAAUGGCAGAUCGCUGAUGCUGGAAAUGGGCAGUACUUGAUCAUUAAUGUCGCAACUGGCACCUACUUGACCGGAAGUGGUGGUGCUAACGGCGCCACCACAGGCAACCUCAUCUCCCCCACUGAUAAGACAGUAAGAUAUACUAUUGUCCCUGCCGGAAAUGGGGCUUAUAUCUUCUACAAUGUCGCCUUCCCGGCGUCAGUUCUAAAUCUUUCAGGAGCUUCGGCUGCCUUGGGUACGCCCGUGCUUCUUUGGCCAGAGAGUGCAGGUGCCAAAAAUGAGCAGUGGUAUAUUAAGUAUCCAGCAUAG